CCCCGAUUCAAUCUCUCUCUCUCUCUCACUCACUUCUCUUUUUCCUCAAGACCCCCGACUACUCCCUCUUUCUCUCUCACUUUCUUUCUCCUUUUCCUCUCUCUACUUCUACACCUCCAGCACAGACCAAAUCUCGAGACCCCCGGCUGCAUCUCUGCCCCUUCCUUACUCUCACUUUCUUUCUUCAUUCUUUCAUCCCUCCCGAAUUCCUCUCUCUCUCCCUCUCUCUCCCUCUCUCUCUAUCCCUUAUCUACUUACCCUCGCGGAGGGUCAUGGGUCGUGGAUGGGGCUAUGGACGGGUUGGAGGGUUUCGGGCUCGCGGAGGGUCGUGGGUGGCUCAUACUCACAGAGAGGUCAUGGGUGGCUUGGUCUUGCAAAGAGGUCGUGGGUGACGGGGAAGAGGUUUGGGUCUGGGCUUGUGGUCUUCCUUGUGCUAGAUGUGGGCUCAUUGGUGGGAAUGGGUAUUGGGCAAACGGUGGGGGCUCGGGGGUCGGUCAUCGGCAAAGCGCGCAAACAACAGGAGCUCGAGGGUCUUGGGAAAACGGCACAAACGACGGGCUUAGGUUCGUGGGUGGCUCGGUCUCACGGAGGGGGUGGGUGGCUCGGUCUCGCAGAGGGGUCUUGGGUGGCGGUUUCUCUCUAUGUUAAUGGAGAAGAUGAAGAGCGAAGGACCAGUGGCCCCAAAGAUCAACAAAAGGAAAAUGGACAGGUGAAGAGUGUGGUGUGACGAAUACAUAUACACUUGGCAAAAUUAAUGAAACUCGAAAUGAAUGGGCAGCCAAGUUUCUUGAGCAGAUGAGUCAUAGCUAGAGUAACUUUUGAAACCAGAAUUAAAAAAUAUACUAAUUGUAGAUUUUAGUUAGCACUUACAUAGUUGUUGCAAGUAUAUAUUUUGAUCUUGUAAUUUUUAGAUUUGGAACAUACUGAAUUCUAUAGAUUUUGUGUGCCUAUUGAUUCUGUCUGAACUAUGUUGUAAUUACACUGGAAAUUGUGAAUGAAUAUAGUUGUUGAAUAUAGAGAAAUUAAAAAAAAAUCCCAUAUUCUACAUGGGGCGUCAGUCUCCAAAAAAUCGUCGUCUUAUGCAGGGGACGAUGCUUGCACAUAAAUUGUCAUCUCAUGUACUGCAUGAGGACGACGCUUGAGUGGGAACUGUCGUCUCAUUUAUUUCAGUGGAUGACACUUGCACAAAAACGAUUGUCUCAUGUACCACAGGAGAUAACGUUUGUAUAGGAACAAUCGUCUCAUGUACGACAAGAGAUGACACUUUUAUUUAAACCGUCGUUUCAUAACUUACAUGGCGUGACAUUGCAUGGGAUGACAGUAUUGGAACUGACAUACGAGAGUCCAUACGACAGUUUAAAAUCAUCAUCCCAUGUCAAUUUUGUAGUAGUUCCACUGCGAUACCGAGCACGAUCCCCUAAUCCGAGCUUUGUUGAAAACCUCUGUGAGAGUUUCGGUCUGAGGUAAUUCCCUAAGUCUUUAAGCUUGUUUUCCCCAACAAAUCCCAGCCUUGAAUCCUCAAUUUUCUGGGCAAUUUCCUUUAAAAUUCUCAAACCACUCAAGGACCAAGAGAGGGAGAGAAAA